GACGAGUACUCCGGCCUUGUCGUUAUCAUCACACUGCGUCUUCCAUCACCAGCCGACCACCCUCAACCCCUGGUUACGUCACUUCCGCUCCCGGUUACCGCGCACUCUCCUGCGCAUCAUCCGAGACUGCGAGUUGGCUCCACGGAGGAUAAAAAUGCCCGCGAACACACCGUCAGGCAAGUCGGCAUCUGUCAGUUCGUGGAGCGCGCGCCACCAGAGCAACCUUCUACCGCAAGGUCAUCACACUACUUCGCUGCUGAGUCUGCCUGCCACGGUACCUGGGUGUCUGAAGAUCUCUUUGAGAGUGAAAUAGUCAGAAUGGUCAGGCCAAGAGACCAGCUAGUCCAGAUAGACCAUCACACAGACUCAUUAGAGGCUAAGACACGGACUCAGACAGUCAACAGCAGCAGCAGCUGUAGCAGUUACUGCAGCAGCAGCACCAGUCCCUACAGCAGCAGCAGCUGUCCCUACAACAGCAGCAACAGUAUCGCCAGUCCUGCUUAUGGGAGCAGCAGCAGUGUUGCCAGUACCGGCCACAGUACAGACGAGGGCGACUGUUCGUCUCUCAAGAAGAUGAAGAAGAAAGUUGUUAAGAAGAAUUCUGGACACAAGCACCGAGACGUGCUGUUGACCACCAGUCUCCUGUCUUACCUGUCUGUCGGUCGUUGACGGGAACCUUAUACAUUCCCUUAUGAUCUAAAAGAACAUAUCCCACUAUACAGGUGACGUGGAGUGGUUCAAACUCCUAAAAACAUAAAUAUGUGUUCAUAUGUUAAUUAUUUGGUGUGUUAAUUUAUAUUUUAUAUUUAAUUUGAAUAAAUAUUCGUAAAGCUCGA